UUUAAUCGGACCCACACACAAAAAAAUGAUAUUGUGUUUCGACAUGAAUGAUUGACCUAAUUUCUACUUUUGUUCUAGUUUAUAUCCAGAACUUAUCCACGUUAAACAUCCAACGUUUUUUUUUUCUCUGUUUUAUACAUUUUUCACGUGCUGUUGAAGUUUUACACUACUUUUCGCGUCACUUCCGUGUCGUUUCUAAUUAUACAAGAAUGACACACAAACAUAAAAGUGUGUAGGAGACAUUCAAGGGAAACCCCGUAUUAUAGUAGCCCUGGCUCCGUUAACUAGCGGAUAUAUUCUAGGCCUAGCACCCGCAGUUGUGAACUGAUAUCAUCUGUGCAUGCUAUGUAAAUAGAUCUAAGUAUGACAAAGAGUUUCGAAACACUGUUAGACACGUCUGUGAUCACAUUUCGUUCGAAUAGGGAUAUUGACUCAUCGAUAUUAAAGCUUUAAAUACGAUAAUUUUGUGGUUCGCAGAUAUUCUUUUGAGAGGAUUAUUACAAAGAAAGUUUCCAGAGUGAGCCUAGAACAACAGACUAGAAUCUAGAUCUAAUUCUAAUCUAGAUAUAGUGUCAGUGUAAAAGAUUCUGUAUUCCAGGAAGUAGAAAGCAGUUUCUGUAGACUAGAUUUAAAUCUAGCAGACUCAAUCUAGAUCUAGAUAUUUUGAUUCUCAACCUUGGUUUACUAUUGUAUUCUAUCUAUCAUAUUGACUUUUUUCAGCGACUAUUGAUUCUGAUUGUAAAAUGGCGAGACCCCCUCCAACCAAGCCGUCUCCUCGCCUGAGCCAGACACCAAGCCUUGUCAGCACAGCGAGUGUCGGUGGUCGCCGGUCCAGCACCGGGAUGCCGGGAACUGGAUUCAUCCGGGUGAAACUUCUGGCAGCAGACGUCACUCAGGGCCCGGACGCUGAAGACCCAUUUCUCGCCGUAAAUGUCAAAGAGGCUUUGGAUAUACCAGGUAAAGGAGUGCAGCUGAUACAGAAGAAGAAGACACUGUACCCCAAGUGGAACUCCUGCUUUGACGCCCAUCUGUACGAAGGACGUACCAUCCAGAUGAUCGUCAUGGAGAAGCCCAACAAGAACAUGGGGGAGAUCAGCAUAGGCGUGAAGGCGUUGGCAGACAAAUGCAACGGCGGAGUCAAUAGUGGGCCUAUAUGGCUGGAACUGAAGCCAUCAGGGCGUCUGCAGAUUCAAGUCAGGUUCUAUCCAGAGGCUGGAGAACCGAUACCCAUCAUGGAUCCACAAAAGCCACAUUUUGUACGGCGUGGCGCCAUGAAGCAACAGAAAGUCCACGAGGUUAAAGGUCACCAGUUCAUAGCCAAAUUUUUCCGCUCUCCAACAUAUUGUUCUUUUUGUACAGAUUUUCUUUGGGGUUUAAAUAAACAAGGCUAUCAGUGUCAGAUUUGUAACUGUGCUGUGCACAAGAAAUGCCAUGACAAAAUUUUAGGCAAAUGUCCAGGCAAUGCCAAAGACAGUAGAGAGACAAUGAUGUUGACAGAACGCUUCAACAUUAAUGUACCUCAUAGAUUUAAACUUUACAAUUACAUGUCUCCUACAUUCUGUGAUCAUUGUGGCUCCAUGCUGUUUGGUCUCUUUAGACAGGGACUAAAAUGUGAAGUCUGUGGCAUUAACUGUCACAAGAAAUGUAAACAGUUCAUGCCUAAUUUGUGUGGCAUAAACCAGAAGCUUCUUGCUGAAGCCUUGCAGCAGGUUAGAAUAUCAACAUCCCCUGGAGGACAGAGACCUCAACCAGGCUCUGCUCCACAGCCUGAUGAUGAUGAGGACAGUGAUGAUGACUCACCAUACCAGAAAGUCUGGGACAUCGAUGAAGUUCCCACAGAAAUGGCACCAGCCUUGCAAGUCCGCAAGUUUACUCCUGAAGAGUUCACCUUUCUUAAAACACUGGGCAAAGGCAGCUUUGGAAAGGUUUUUCUGGCAGAGCUAAAAGAGAACAACACUUUCUAUGCAAUCAAAGCCUUAAGGAAAGAUGUAGUUCUGGAGGAUGAUGAUGUGGAAUGUACAUUGAUUGAAAAGAGAGUGCUAUCUAUUGGAUGCCAGCAUCCGUUUCUCACUCACUUGCAUAGCACUUUCCAGAAUAAGAGUCAUCUGUUCUUUGUGAUGGAAUAUUUGAAUGGUGGUGAUUUAAUGUUUCAUAUACAGCUGUCUGGGAAGUUUGAGUUUCAAAGAGCUCAAUUUUAUGCAGCAGAAAUCAUUUGUGGCUUACAGUUUUUACACAAAAAUGGAAUAGUUUAUAGAGAUCUGAAACUUGACAAUGUCAUGCUAGACAAAGAUGGACAUAUUAAAAUUGCUGACUUUGGUAUGUGUAAAGAAAAGAUCUUUGGAGACAAUAAAGCCUCGACCUUCUGUGGUACACCAGACUAUAUUGCCCCAGAGAUCUUAAAGGGAGCCAAGUAUAAUGCAUCAGUUGACUGGUGGUCAUUUGGUGUGCUGGUUUAUGAAAUGCUCAUUGGCCAGUCACCAUUCCAUGGUGAUGAUGAGGAUGACUUGUUCCACUCCAUUCUGCAUGAUACUCCUCGCUAUCCUCAUGCCACACCUAAGGAAGCUGUCAACAUGCUGACUUUAUUAUUUGACCGCAACCCACCAGAUAGACUUGGCAUGCCCACUUGCCCAGCUGGACCAAUCAACUCUCAGCCUUUCUUCCGUAACAUUGACUGGGAAAAACUUGAAGCCAGACAGAUUCCACCUCCUUUUAAACCAAAAGUUAAAAAUGCCAGUGACAGUUCAAACUUUGAUUCGGACUUUACUACAGAGAAAGUUGGCUUGACUCCUCCAGAUCCAACCCUGUUGAAAACAAUGAAUCAGAAUGUAUUCAAACACUUCUCCUUCACGAGUGCCGAGGCUCUCAGAUCAUGAUGCACACAUUAGCAUAAUGCUUCUUUUUAUUACCGUAUGUUUUAGCUAUUUUUUUUUUAUAUUUUGUCCAUGAAAUAUUAACCAAUAUUUACUUUUGAAACUGUAGUGUGUUCAUUGCAAUUAUAUAGUGUUCUCUUCACUGUUUAUGUCACUUAAGCCUUUGUAAAUAACCAAACGUUUUUUUUAGGGGUUUUUGUUUUUUAUCUCAAGCAUUAGCCUACAUUUCUAAAUUAAGGUUGUAAUUCUUAGGUCGAAUAUGUAGGUUAGUGAAUAGCAAAAUGACUGAUUAAAUGGGUUCAAUUUUAUUUUCCCAAUUACUAAACAGAUGAUGAUCUUUGUUUAAUUUUUUUUGUAUUUUUGCUUAAUACGUCUAUCUUCAAUAUUUUUUGUAAUGUUAGACAUCAUCAUGUAGUACGUGUUUUAGACUUUCGUCACCAUGGUUCUUGUUUGAAUCCUGCCUGCUUGCAUCUCUUACCAUCCUGCAGGAGGUUCAGGCUAGGAUGUAAUUAUCUUCAGGUCUGAAGGAACAUCUGAAAUGUAUAAAACCAACACUAUUGUCCAUCUAACAACAAUACUGGUAUCUUCUAGGAGACAGUCUUUAAGGCUGCUUGAAAAAAAACAGCACAUUUCACCAUUACACUAAAAUUGUUUGUAGUAGAUUCUGUUUUACUUUACACUGUGAAUAAUAUACAAGUUGCUCAAAGUUAUUUGAUGCCAUUUUUUAUGUUUUUAGUUGAGAUUACAACUUUUUUUCUUUUUCGUUUAUUUAUUACAGUAACACUUUUUUCUUUUUCCUGUUAUAUAUUAAUUGUAUAUAAUUAUGAUUGUCAUUUCAGAAUGGGAUAGACACAAACAAAAAUGAAAACCCCAAUUUUUUUUUUAAAAACAUAGAAACUAAAAAUGAUGGAAAAGUGUUUUAUUAUAGCUCAUCUGACAAGAGUAUCUCCCUUUCUUAAGAAAUGGUCUGUAAAAAAUAAAUACUCAAUAGUUUAUGUAACUUAGUGCUUUUUUUUUACUUUGUAUAAUGUUGAUCUGACAUAUGACAUAUUCUUAUAAUUCUUCAUUCAUUCAAGACAUUUAAAAAAGUGCUAAAAAGUAACAAAUGUUUAUGUUUUCAUGAUGUUUUGUUAUUGUAAAAUAAUUUUAAACCAUUUAUAAAUCAAACUAUAUAUAGUGUGUCCUUUGCUAUUUGAUCAAAAUUUCAUCCUGUGUUGUUGAAUCUAAUGCUAUGAUCAUCAUCAUCAUCAUACUCCAUUUGAGUGAGGGCUUGAGAUGCUCAAAUCCUCUCUUGCAAAAGCCCUGGACAGAAACCCUGCUGUUUUGCGUAGUGCAUACAUGUCACCAUACAGGUCAAGAAUUUUUGGUUUCCCAGACCUGUCGAGACAGAGAUCAGCAAGUCUGGGGCAGUCAAACAGAAUAUGAGGCACGGUUUCCUCUUCUUCCCCACAGCGGGGGCACCGUGAAUCAAAAUUUGGCCAUAGACGCGAGAAACAUGAGCCAACAGGACAAUGGCCUGACCUGCACUGUGCUAUAAUAGCUUGCUCAGGCCUGGACAGCCUCCACCACAGCUCCCAGACUCCACAGGCUUUUUUGGGACUUGUCCCAGCACUCAAACCACUUUUCCAUUUCUGUUUUUUGAAUGCUAUGAUAGAAAAGAACAUUAGAUUACUUUCUGAUUGGCUAGCUGGUUGGCAUUGUAUAUAUGAGUGAUUGUGAACACAAAGGUUAGGAAGGGGGAGCUAAUAUCUUAUACACUGAUCAUCCCCUGCUUCCCUACUUGUGGUUUUGAUUUUAGAAUAAUGUAAUCUUUGUUUAAAGAUUCCUUUAAAUUCAUAAGACUAAACAUACUUAUCAAUUUACUUAACUCAUAAGGAAAGUCAUUCAUUCAUGAUUGUGAGUUGUCCUUUUUUUUCACCUACUACUGAGAUUAUUAACUCAGUAAUCAUUACAUUGGUAGUCUGUCUAGUGAAUUAUUCUAGUAUUUUCACCCUUUUUUAGGUCAUUUUUUAGUGUUGACACUUGAGAUAAAUGAUUACUUCCAUUGUCUUUAUUUUGUGUAUGCCUGAGUUUUUAGUUUGAACCACCAGUAUUUUUGUGUUGAUUCCACUCUUUGUACAGAAGCCUAUUUAUUUGAUUCUUGCACUUCUACAGGGGAGAGCAGCCUUUAGCUUUUGCUAGUUUUGAGUGUGAUAUUUUUGGAACAAAACAUUGUAACAGUAUAGAAAUAUUUCUACUUUUAGUAAUACACUUAAUUAUGUAAAACUUACUUUCUUUUUUUUUUUCUUUACAUUGAAGACAAAAAUUAUCAUUCUGAUGUUCUGGUUGAAUUUAUUAUUGAAGAAACCAAGAUCAGAAAAUGAAUUUGUAAAUGUAUUGGCUAAAUGUUAAAAAAAAGAAAUUGUAAAGAUACAACACGAUUCUUAAGACUUUAAAGGUUUUAGACAAUGAUAUUUACACUAACUGUUGUACCUCUCAGCAUUUGUUUAAUUAAUUCCUUACUUUUCUAUAUUUAAAGUUAAAGCUUUUGUAAGCUAUAUUUAGAAUGUGACCCACUUUGCUCCAUUUUUUUAAUGCGAACUAUUAGUAUUUCUGUGCCUAUAAUUUUGAAAUGUAGGGCCUAUAUGAGAUGGAGAAUUCCAUAGUGUCUACUCUCUGAACAGCAGAAUAACCCAUCUCUUCAUUAACUUUUGUAAUUUCAUAGAAAUAUGUACAAGAAUUUUUAUUCUUGAAACAAUUGGCUACAAGCUAAAUGAUUAAAGGACAUCUGCACAUGUUUAAAAUUUGUUUCUAAUUUUGUACAAGUUCAUUUCUGUGGUACAAAUUCAUAAUGUUUAUUAAACUCCUCUGCUAACUGUAUUUAUUACUGGUACCUCAAAGAGAAACAAUGAACACUUUUUAUAAGUAACUUUUGUUUAUUACUGUGAGUUAUUAUCAGCCAAUUCUUUUUUAAGAAAACUUUUAUUUUCAUCUAUUCCUGUAUAAAUUUAAUUUGUAUAUUUUAGUAAUUAUACACUAUAUAUAUGUUAUAGCAUCAAUAUAUUCUUUUUUCUGUCACCGAAUCAUGCAUAAUGUUAUUUUAUCUAUGUAAAGGUUUAAAAGAAAAGAUUAUAAUUUUCUGAUUAAAAACCACAACUUUAUACAUGUUCAACCCUUAUAUAAGUGUUAAAAGUUUCUGUCUUCUUCUAACUGUAUGUAAUACAAUUAUUCUUUGAGUUGAUUCUACUGCAAGUAAAGUGAGAUUUUAUGUUAAAAUUAGCUUUUAUUAACCAUACCCACUUGUUUUAAUGUUAUUACAUAGCCUAGUUGAAAUAACGCUGUCAUUUUGAUUGCACCUACAUGGCCUAUAAGUACAUUGGUAUACCUCCCAAACUUUUUCCUUAAUGGAACACUUCACACAUUCUGAGUAUUUAGCGGAACACUUUACUUAUUUUUUAGAGAUGUUAAUUCAUGUGGUGGCUAACUAAUUAAUUAUUCCAGUAGCUCGUGGAACACCUAGUCAGGCCUCGCAGAAUUCCACGGAACCCAGUUUGGGAAACACUGACUUAAUAUUUGAAUAUUACUUUUUCUUCAAGUAACUUGCUUCCUCCAAACACCUGAACUGAAAGUGUUUGCCUGCAAUUUUAUUUUUUUGGUAAUUGCAGUUGACUAGUUCACACAGUAUUCAACAACUUUUAAAAUCCAGUCAUCAAAUAUCUAUUAUAUGAGAGUUCACUUUAAGGCCAUGAAUGAUUUUGUUAUCAUAAUUACUUUUUAAAUAUUGAACACAAAAUAACAAGGUAGAGAUUCUAAACAGUUUCAUCAUUUCUAACAGAGUAACUAGCUGUAUCUAUGGAAAUUCCUUUUUUUUUUUUACAUUGAACACAUUAACAUAUUUUUCAUCUUCGUUUUUUUUUUAUAAUUGAAAUCCAUAUUCACAUUUUGCCAUCAGGUUACAUCUGCUCUGAGCUCAGUGUAUUCUCAAUAUGCUGAUCUAUCUAUGGAAAUUAAUUUAGAACAAAUGCUCUUUAAUCUUGGUUAGACGUUAUGUUUUGUGGAUACACACCCUUUGGAUGCAUGCAUUCUAUAUGCCGGUACAUGUUGUCUAGAUACAUAUGUCUUCUGGAUACAUGUAUUUAUAUUUUCUGCAGAAAUAUGCAGUGAUUUUUUUUUUUUUGUGAUAGUAUGCAGGGUACAGUCUACCGGCACCUUUUUCAGUAUGGGGAAAAAUUAUUACUUUUUUUGUAUUUUAACUUUUAUUAUCAAUUUAUUAGUAGAUAAAAGUUAGGCAAUCCAUCACUGAGUACCGGCAUCUAUUUUUUUUUUUUUUUUUUACAAAAAAUGCACUGGAAAUAUGAAUUACUUAAGCCUGCAGUAAUUAAAAAAAGGAGGGAAAAAAUGCAUAACUGUGUGUGUGUAUGCUACAGAACUCCUUUGAAUGUUGAAUUGUAUUUUAAAAGCAAUGUCAAGGUUUGUGAUCAGUAAUUUGAUUUACAUUGCAAACAGUUUUUAAGCUUAAAAAAUUACUAUAAGUUAAUUUCACUAUCAGUUAGAGGUUAGUGUACAUUAGUUAUUAGACCUGUCUACUUUGACAGAUACAUUUUACACAUAAGAUUUUAUUUUUACUACAAGUAGCUCCACAAAUUAUAAAAUUUAAACAUGAAUAUUUUAGUAUGCUGCUAUAAAAAAAUACUGUUUACAUGUAGUGUAAUAAUAUUGGAUCAGAAGUUGUUUAUAUAUUUUUUUUAUUAUUCUGUCAAUUAAUAGGAUAAUAUCUUAUUCCUUUUUUUUUUUUUUUUUUUUUUUGCAAUGUUCUCUUCUAAAAAAAAAGUCAGUUUUUUCAAUGUGUUAAAUUUUAAUCCUUUUCCUCUUUUUUUAUUCUGUGUUGCCAACUUUAGUGAUCUCCUUGUGAUAUCCCGUUGUAUUUUUUAAAAAGUAUUUUAUGUUUUUGUAUUGUAAUUCUUCUUCAUAAUGUUAGGUUAUAAAUAGUGAUGAGCUUUGUGGUGAAAUCAUCACUGAUUGAAUAGAAUUAAUAUCCAUUCAACAAUAGACUUUAUUUUAGGUACUUAAGGUCAUGUAUGAUAUUUUGCAAAGCUAACAACACACCCAUAAAAAUUUAAAAAAAAUAAAUACAUAAAUGUAGCAUAAAAUUAUAGACUAUAACAUUUUCCAGUUAUAUAAGUCUUUGAAAGCGAAAACUGGUUGGAUAUUAUUGAUAUAAUAUAAUGUAAUAUAUAUUAUGUUAUAUUCAAAAAAUAUGGUAAAGCUCUCACUGAAUCAGCACUACGAAUGUCAUGUAAAGUGCAAUCAUUGUUGUAGGAAACUCCUUUCCCUGAGCCCACCUGAUAAUGAUGAUUAGCUUAAGUGUUUUUAGAACAAACAUCCUACAUUCUCCUUUGACCAAACCACCUUGUACUUUUUAAAAGAAAACUACUCACGGAAACGAUCAUAAAAACUUUCCCUCUCGUACGAAAACAAGAAAGCAUUGACAACUUUGCACUGAAAAAUAUGUUACGAAUGAACUGUUAUGAAUUCAAAUUUGUUAAAACUAGUGCUAAGUGGUUACAUUAAAUAUGUGAGCUGUCUGCCCUUGCCUCUAUGCACUGUGCUUAUUUUGUUUUGUUGUUUGUUAGCUGCCAACUAUUUCAACCAACCAUUGAUGGACAAACGCUUUCAAAAGAUGUCCAUUUGAUGUUUGGAAAAAAAAAAAGUCCUAUGCAUUAUUUAACCUUUCAUCUCUUGUCAUUUAUUUGGUGUAAUAAAUUCUUUUCAUGAUAAUAA